ACAGUAAGACCAGCCCUAGACUGACUGAAUAUGAACACUUUCUUCUUCAUCUUCACUCUCUCAAAUAAAUUUAAAUAUAAAUAUAUUAAUUAAUAAAAUAAAUAAAAACUUGACAAGAAGAAGAAGAAGAUAAAAAAGAAGAAUAUGCCAUCUUUUCCACAGCCAGGCGCUGUAACUCUUUGCGAAAUCAACAGAGACCUAAUUACUGCUGAAGAAUUAUCCGAUGAUCACGCAAAGGAAUCAUACGGAAAAAUACUCGGAAAAGUGUUUAGUCCGAUUUCGUAUUCGGUUGAGCAUCUGGUGGCGUCAGAUGGAGAUGUAGAAGUGCCUGUAAGCGGUUUGUCGAAGUUACUUAAAGCAGUUUCGUUUGGCCCGAUGAAAAGUCUAGUUGGUUUUAAUGAUGUGAAGCUAUUGCCUCAUGUUGAUCUCAGACGUCUUAGCUGGAACCCAAAAAAGGAUAUUCUGGCAUUUGUUAUGGCAGAUAAUCAAAUAGCCAUUCGUAAUUAUAGAAGUUCCGGAGAGGGGAAGGAUCCCUGCAUUCUUAUGAAUGAUCUACAAAGGGAAAUUAAACUUCUGGAAUGGAGGCCAAAUGCUGGGAAAACACUUUCAGUAGCCUGCAAGGGUGGAAUAUGUAUUUGGACUGCUUCGUAUCCUGGCAAUACUGCUUGUGUGAGGCCUGGGCUUAAUUCUAACAGCCUCUCUAGAGGUUCUGGAGUUAGAUGGACUCUGGUGGAUUUUCUUCGAAGCCACGAUGAUGAGCAAAUAAGUGCCCUUUCAUGGAGUCCAGAUGGAAGAUAUUUAGCUUCUGCCUCAUAUAAGAGCUCAUCGUUUACAGUAUGGGAUGUUGCUCAAGGAGUGGGAACACCUAUCCGUCGAGGAUUAGGGGGCAUAUCACUGCUUAAGUGGUCUCCAAGUGGUGAUUAUUUUUUUGCUGCAAAGCUCGACGGAACAUUCUAUCUGUGGGAGACAAACACAUGGACAUCAGAACCGUGGUCUUCAACAAGUGGCUCUGUCACGGGUGCAUCUUGGGAUCCUGAUGGGCGUAUGAUUCUUAUUGCUUUCUCUGACUCGCUAACACUAGGUGCUAUACACUUUGCUGCAAAGCCUCCAUCACUUGAUGCACACCUGCUACCCGUUGAGUUGCCGGAGCUGAAGUCUUUAACCAACAGUGGAGGUAUUGAGAAGAUAGCAUGGGAUGCUUCAGGAGAGCGUCUGGCUGUGUCAUUUAAAGAUGGCAAUGAACUGUGCAAGGGUCUAAUCGCCAUUUAUGACGUUAAAAGGGCUACUCUCAUCACACCAUCUUUAAUUGGUUUCAUCAGAGGGCCUGGAGAUGACCCAAAGCCUCUAACAUUUUCAUUCCAUAACAAGUACAAACAGGGGCCACUGUUAUCUGUUUGUUGGAGCAGUGGAAUUUGUAGCACAUACCCCCUCGUGAUUCGUUCACAAGUACUUGCUUAGCUCAGAGCUUUUGCUCUAGUAUAUGCUCACUGCCUUACCCUCUGUCAAACUUCAUAUGCUGUUCAGUGUUCGUCUUGACGAACAUUAGUAGAAGAUUCUUGAUUUGCAUCAAGAUGUAGAAGAUGGUAAAAACAAUCGUGAAAGUAUGACAAAUUUUGAUCCUGAUAGAGCCACAUUUCUUCAAUGUGCUCGGCAGUUUCUAGUCUAUUCUUGGAAAAAUAUAACAUUGUACGUUGUAAUAUCCUUCUGUGGAGAAGUUAUUAGAUACUGUAUUAUUAUUAGGACCAUUUCAAACAUGUGCAAUGCGGUACCCUGUCAAUCGGUUGCCUAUUCUUGUGUUACUUUGGUGAUAGUAGUAUUUUCGACGAAUCUAUCUGUGUUUUAAAUUUUCCAAUUAUUAGUUUUUAUUUUAUCUA